ACAUACCCUAGUGUAGAGUGCUCCUUUUUACCUUAGUUCUUUUUCUUUUUCCUUGCUGCAAAUAUUCUAGCUCUAUUCUCUUCCCCAUAUAUUUCCAUAGCAUAACAAUAGUACCAAUAUUGUGAUCCAUGAUGUCCAGCAACAAAGGGAAAGAUGCAGCAGACGGAUCAUCAUCAUCAUCAAGACCCCAACCGGCUUCAAGUACUGCUCAGCAGCCGCCGCCACUCAGCCGCUACGAGUCACAGAAGCGGCGGGGGUGGGAAACCUUCGGGCAGUACUUGAGGAACCAGAGGCCCCCAGUUGCUCUCUCACAGUGCAACGGCAACCACGUGCUGGAUUUCCUCCGCUACUUGGACCAGUUUGGAAAGACAAAGGUGCACUUACAAGGGUGUGUGUUCUUCGGGCAGCCCGAGCCCCCGGGCCCGUGCUCUUGCCCGCUCCGGCAGGCUUGGGGCAGCCUUGAUGCCCUAAUUGGUCGCCUCCGAGCAGCCUACGAGGAGAACGGAGGCCUGCCGGAGACGAACCCCUUUGCCAGCGGCGCCAUCAGAGUUUAUCUACGUGAUGUGAGGGAUUCUCAGGCCAAGGCUAGAGGAAUUCCUUAUACCAAGAAGAAGAAGAAGAGAAAUCUGAUUAACAAGUCUAAUGAUCAUGAUCAUCAACACAGCUCAAGCUUUACUAUGCAGUGAUCUUGAUUCAAAUAUGGCUUUAAUUUCCCUAAAAAGAAACAGGCCCCUUGAUCCAAAGCUAGCAUUAUAAGCUUCAGCAUGUCAUGAUUUUAUGGAGCCGCAUCAACCUAUCGAGCUGGAAUAUAUUUCAAUAUUGGAAUACUAGUAUAAUUUGGUUUAUAUAAUAUUAGUGUUUAAAUAAUUUGGCAAAAAGGCGUCGAGAGCUCAACGAGGUAAAAGUCCGUACUGAUUCCAUUUUAUUUUAUUUUUACUUUUGAUUGAUGUGGUUGCCAUCAGUAGUACAUUUUUCAGGAAAGUUUCUGUCUAUUUUAUAUUGUCUAAGCAAAUAUUUGCCAAGUUUGUCUUUGUUGAUGACUUGAGGCUAAAGAAUAUAUUGUGGUUUCAGAUAUAUGUUCGAAAAUCGACCAAUAUAGUGAUGAUCAUGUUA